UUUAAAAUAUAUAAUUUGGACCUAUCUAACGUUUGCGCGACCAUGCGAUGUUUGCAACUAUAUAUCAUUAACUGGUUUUAAAUAUAUUUUACUGGAACAAAACGGUUGAUAUGCAACCGGCACUUAGAUUGGUGCUCGUAAAGGCACCUGAACUGCCCAGAAUGGGGGAGAUCUGGAACAGUAACAUCAGCUCUUAUAACCGGUCCUCCACAGACCCGGACCGCUUCAGCAGCCUGGAGGAUAUUGAUGUGACCGCGGACGGCAACCCGGCGCUCCGAAUUAUGAUAUCAAUCGUAUAUUCCGUCGUUUGCGCGGCGGGUUUAGUUGGGAAUUUGCUAGUAGUUUUCUUGAUGAAAGUGAGACGGGGGAGAAAAAGGUCCACCAUAAACUUUUUCGUUCUUAAUCUGGCCAUGACGGACUUUCAGUUUGUCCUAACACUGCCUUUCUGGGCGGUGGACAUCGCUCUGGACUUCAGCUGGCCGUUUGGGAACGCGAUGUGCAAGAUCAUUCUAUCCGUUACUGUUAUGAACAUGUAUGCGAGCGUGUUCUUUCUCACCGCUAUGAGUGUGACGCGCUACUGGUCCGUAGCCUCAGCCCUGAAGGACCGGACAAGACACAGAUAUUGUUCGGUUAGAUGGGUAAGCGCAGUACUUUGGGUCUCUGCCACUGUGGCCACUGCGCCAACGGCUAUAUUCUCUAAUGUGACAAUCAUCGCUGGGGAAAAGCUCUGCCUUUUGCGGUUCCCCGAGGGCCAUCACUGGCUGGCUUUAUAUCACCUACAAAAAAUUCUAAUUGCAUUUGUUUUCCCCAUGCUAAUUGUAACCAUAUGCUAUUUGAUGCUCUUACGAUUUGUUCGCCUUAGGAGUAUGAACAAUAACCAUUCCAAACGGAGUAACAGAGUCACAAAAUCAGUCACUAUUGUGGUUCUUUCGUUCUUUUUGUGUUGGAUGCCAAAUCACGCCAUUACUUUCUGGGGCGUCCUGGUCAAAUUCAAUUUAGUGAACUGGGACAAGUCUUACUACAUGGUUCACACAUAUGUCUUCCCUGUGACUGUGUGCCUGGCACAUGCCAAUAGUUGCUUGAAUCCGGUUUUAUAUUGCCUCAUGCGAAGAGAGUUUAGGAAAAUGUUGAAGGAUUUAUUCUGGCGGGUUUCCUCACCUGCGAACAGCUGCCAAAUACGUGCCAUUUCUGCAACAAUAAAAGCCAAUAUCCACGAUGACACCCAAGUAGUAAUCCCUUUGGAAGUCAUAAACACCGACCUAUGUCGACUAUCCAUUGUAGAUGUGCAAUGUGACACAUUCUCGGACAACCAACCAAAGGUAUCUUAACGAGUAAAACCAACGACCCUGCGUAUAAACGAUAGAGGCUCUUUAUUUAUCGAGAGUCGUGUUACAUGUAUUAUCCGCGACUCAAUACGUGUGAUAAAUAGUUGUUUAUUGACAUUUAUAAACUUAAAAGAUUCAAAGGAUUCUUUGUUUAUGAGGUUUAACUGUGCAUGUGCCAAACUGCGCAUUAGACUCCAACUGACCCAUGCAAAUAUGUCUCUUUCAAGGUUGCCUUCUAUUCGUGUACAUUCUACGUUAAACAAAUACAUUUAACUGGAUCUUUGAUAUCAAUGCUACAGUGUAAUUAUAUAGUGCUUUUUCAUUUUUCAAAUCCAGAAUGUUUGCUUGUGCCAUGGCUCUUUGUUGUAAAAAGUCUGAUAUACUGUAUGUUUAUUUUGAAAAGUAAUUGUAUCUCCAAUUUGGAAAGGACAAUGCAAGUGUACAGAUAUUUUGAGUAGUUCACAGAAUGAGAGAUGCUAUUGCAAGACUGUGAUUUCCUAUUGUCAUUAGAGUAACUAUACCAAGGAUAACAUAUGUUAUGUAUAUUGUAAAGAUUGCUGUGACUGAUGCUUGUGAAAUACGUGCACUCUUCACUAACUGAAUGUAACGACUGACAUGUCCACAAGAAAUCUGCAUUAAAAUUAUUUCUCAUGGUUGUCUCAUUUAAUAUGUUAGCCACUCUGGCACCAAAGCAAAAUAAGC